AUGACCUCUAGCCAAGCUUCCUCAACCGGCACAGCAUCCGACGCUUCCACUACCGGAACUGGGACUGGCAAGGAGACGGGAACUGCCACGGAGACCGGCACUGCAUCAGGCACUGCAUCAGGCACGGAUACCAAGACCAAAGAUCAUUCCACCAAGACAACUUCCAUCUCGAUCGAUCCUGCCGCGGGUGCCGGUGGCAUCUCCAUGAUCACUCCUGCUUCCACCACCACCACGUACUACAAGAUCGGCCACAAUGUCACCUUCGUUUGGAACUACACUUCGCUCUCAGUGACUCCAUCUGCAAUUGACGUUGUUGCUUCUUGCAGCUUGAACAGUGCUACCUAUACUCUCACCUCGAACAUGAGCGUCAAGGAGACGGGCUCGUUAGUCUGGGACACGGGCAAAUACCAGGCCAACCCAACCAUCCCUUUACUGACUGCAACCUACACACUGUUCGUUGUGGAUUCGGAAAAGUCUCUCGAUGACACCCCAGAGGCCGGUUACUUGAGUUCGAACGUGGGCUUCCCCUUCGGAAUGUAUAUUGGGUCGAAACCAACCCCGCUCAACGAGUUUCUCUGCGUCACAUGUAGCAGCGCUAUGUCCGAGUUCCAGCGUACCGGCCUUACUUUUGCAGCCGGCAUGGCCCUGAUCACGGUGCUGUCGUUUACCUGGUUCGCGGGAACAUUCGGGCUCUUCUCACUCUGA